UGCUUGCCCUUCCCUUCCACUUACAUUACACGCCAACAAAGCGCCUCUUCUGCUCUUCUGCGACCUUUUUCUACCCAUUUUCUUCCCUCUUUUCCCACCCCUCUUUUUCUCUUCUUCUUUUCUCCCCAUGGCUCUCUCUUCCUUCUCCUUCCUCUGUUUUCCCCUUUCCUUCAUUCUUCUCCUCCUUCCCUCUUCUUCUUCCCCUCCAAAUCUUCCAAUCCUCUUCUUCGACGAAGCCUACACCCACUUGUUCGGCGAUGACAAUCUCCUUGUUCUCAAGGAUGGAAAAUCGGUGCAUCUGCAUCUAGAUGAACGAACAGGCGCGGGAUUUGUGUCCCAGGACCUUUAUCUUCAUGGGUUCUUCAGUGCUUCCAUUAAAUUGCCUGCGGAUUACUCUGCUGGUGUUGUGGUUGCUUUUUAUAUGUCGAAUGGCGAUAUGUUUGAGAACAACCACGAUGAGAUCGAUUUCGAGUUCUUAGGGAAUAUCAGAGGAAAAGAAUGGAGGGUUCAGACUAACUUUUACGGCAAUGGAAGCACCAACGUUGGCAGAGAAGAAAGAUAUGGUCUUUGGUUUGAUCCAGCUGAAGAUUUUCAUCAGUACAGCAUUCUUUGGACUGAUUCUGUCAUUAUAUUUUAUGUGGAUGAAGUUCCUAUAAGAGAAGUUAAAAGAACAGCUUCAAUGGGCGGUGAGUUUCCAUCCAAGCCAAUGACUUUGUAUGCAACAAUUUGGGAUGGUUCAGGCUGGGCCACCAAUGGAGGCAAAUACAAGGUAAACUACAAAUAUGCACCCUAUGUCGCCCAGUUCUCCAAAUUUGUAUUGCAUGGUUGCACAGUCGAUCCGAUUGAUCUGCACUUCUCCAAGUGCGACGACCUUACACAGAACUCCGAAGCCACCAUCCCCAAUGACAUCACAACUGCUAAAACAAGAAAAAUGGAGAGUUUCAGGAGGAAGCACAUGACGUACUCAUAUUGCUAUGAUCGUCUUCGAUACAAGAUCCCUCCAGCAGAAUGUGUCAUUGUACCUCAAGAAGCCGAGCGACUUCGAAAGUUUGACCCUGUAACAUUUGGAAAAGGGCGGCGGCACCACCACCGUGGGAAACACCAUCACUCUAGCCAGGCUGAUCAGUUAGCUAAUGCUGGUGCUAUCCGUUCCACUUCAUGGAAGUCUUUGAAAUUACGUUAA